AUGGCAAAACCUUUUUCAAUUGUUAAAGAUAUCAACGAUGGUAAAGAAUUUUGGAAGAUGGCAUUGAGGAUUCAUCACAAAUGGAGUUUGAAUUCAAAGAAUAAGGAACACUUUGAGAUAAUUGUAGUUGAUAAGAAGCGUUCAGAUAUUCAUGUGAAAGUCUCAACAAUGUAUAAACAAUCGUUUGAUUUUGUCUUAGCCGUCAAUAACACUUAUACCAUUGCAAAUUUCCAAGUGAUGUUAAAUGAACUUUUAUUCAAGUCAUCUGACCACAAUUAUGUGUUGGUGUUCAUUGGUGGUACUUCUGUUUGCAACAAAAAUAAACACGCCAUACCUCCAAAAAACAUGAAGUUCACACAGUUUGUGGAUAUUAUAUUUGGAAAGUGGAAAAGGGAUGUUUUAAUAGACGUUAUUGGGAUGGUUAGAGAGAUUGGUUAUACACAAUUACAAAUUGGUAGCAAAAAACAACAAAUUAAUUUGGUCCUAAAGGACUUGGGUAACAACACAAUCCAUUGUACAUUAUGGAAAGUUUAUGCUUUGCAUUUCCACGAUUGCAUUCAAAAGAGGAAGGACAGUUCUUUACCAACAAUUAUCAGUUUACAAUUUGCAAAACUGAAAGAGGAAGGCAAGUAUCAUUUAUGUGUUUUAAACACAUUCAAUGUAAUCAAGUUACACAUCAAUGAUGACUCACCUGACAUUAAUGAUUUCCUAAAUAGGUCAUCCGUUCUUGCGUACACUAUACAUUAUUUAUUUUCUAAUUUAAAUAUGGUUUAUAUUUCCUUCAAUGAUGCUCUUUCAAUUUUAUCUGUUAUUAACCAUAAGAUUCCAAAAAUGGAAGGCAAACAGUGGUCAUGUCAAAAUUUGACAACACAAUCACAUAACUGGUCUCAAACUUCAACAAGUUCUCAGCUUACACCUUAUGACAAAUUCAUGUAUAAGGUUGUGGUACUACCUUUGGCUCAUAUUAUACAACUUAAGAUGUAA